AUGCACAGCAGUGGUUCACUUUUAAAUGCAAACAACAAUGAUGUUGUUGAAAAAUCUGUUCUGGAACGACUUGCUUCCACUUCCGAUGGAAAUGACUUGGACAAUGCCGAGAAGUUGGAAAGGGGUACUAGGACAGAAUCCAGUACUAAUGUUACCAUUAGUCGGAUUCUUCAGCAGUUGGAACAGUUGAUCCGAUCCGAUGACUGGGUUAAUAAAGAAGUAAAAGAUUAUGGCGAAAGUCCACACCCUUCAGAAUUUCCCAAAAAGAGGGCUUAUAUUGUCAGUUCACAUUUAUCAGAAUUGGGACGUACGUUGAUUGUCAGUUCAUCCCUUAAAAGUUACAUUAAUCUGCUGGGAACCCAUCACAGACAAUGUAUUGCUUCGUGGCUUUACGGUAGCACAUCGCAAACACUCAGCACACUCUUCCGUACAUCCAACAGCAAUUUGCAUUGCUCCGAGCAUGGCUCAUCAUUCUUAAAUUCGAUCAAAGCAGAAAUUGGUCAUGCAAUUCGUCUUGCACUGUAUGAUGCGUACGGUCCCGAUUACUGCUCGAAAGGAUGGCGCGCUUUUCUUCAGAUGGGUUCACCAGUGGUGUAUAUUUCACCUGCUUUGCAUAUCGACCUUUCUUCAUACCUCUCCACUGAAUACUUGAUUGGAGACAUUGUCAUUUUGAAGAAAUCAGAUGGAGAUUUUUCUGACAUUGAAGGACGAAUUGAUCACAUCGCAUUCGAAAAACAGCUCGAUGAGGACAUUGCUGCUGGAAAAAAGCCGCUGAUGGUGAUUGGAGUUGUUGGGUCAUCAAUCCUUGGGCAGAAUGAUAUCAUAAGUCGUCUUUUGGAAAUAAGGAAAUCCAAGGCUGAUUUCUGGAUACAUGUCAUUGGACAGGGUUUGGCUGCAUUGUGUCUAAAGGAACCACCCGAAGUGCUGGUACAUGUGUUAUCACAAGUGGACAGUUUCACGGCUCCACUUGCGUUGUGGCUUGGUAUACCGGCGGCGCCGAUCAUUACACUGCAUCGAUCCGUUGAUAAUCAGAAGCCGUUAUACCAUGAAAAACUGGCUGUAUUGCCAUGGUGGAUCGCAUAUCACCAUUUGACACCUUCCAAGAUUACUGACACUAUUGAGAACGCUUACCUCUUGAGCAGAGUAAUGCUUCGAGGUCUGGCAGCUUUUCCGCAGAUCGAGAUUCUCGGUUUUGAGAAUCCUGUCGAAUUUGCAAAUCAUGUUUACAAAAGCAUCUGUACAUCUCCCACUGUUCUGAUUUUCAAGUACAGAUGUCCAAAUCUGGUUCUGGAACAGGUGAAAAAAGAGAAGAUUCCCGGAUGUAAUAGCCGAAGUUCUUCAAAUACUUUAACAAACGAUUAUGUGUAUUCGUGCGAUGCUAAUAAUACAUUUGUUGAUAAUUUCUUUUCAACAUCAGAUUACGAUAUCGACAAGCUAGAAUAUGCUGAUUCAUUGAAUUUUUGGCUUAGUCAAGGACUGAUAUCGGAUUGCGGCGAACUGGGGCUGCAAAUGGUUACGUUUGGUGACUCACAUCGCUCUGCACUCCGUUUCUGCCCGCUAGAAAGCGCUGCUUGUUAG